AUGACACAAGCUAUUGGUAUUGAUUUGGGUACUACCUACUCUGCCGUUGGUAUUUACCAAUCUGGGUCCGAAAGAGUUGAAAUUCUCGCCAACUCGCAAGGUAACAGAACUACCCCAUCUUUUGUGUCUUUUACCGACACCGAACGUCUCAUUGGUGAUUCCGCCAAGAAUCAAGCUGCUAUGAACCCAAAGAAUACUGUGUUUGACGCUAAACGUUUGAUUGGUAGAAAGUUUGAUGACCCAGAAGUUCAAGGUGAUAUUAAGCAUUUCCCAUUCAAGGUUAUCAACGAUGGUGGUAAGCCAAAGAUCCAAGUUGAUUACAAGGGUGAAACCAAGGUGUUUACUCCAGAAGAAAUUUCCAGUAUGGUGUUGACCAGUAUGAAGGAAACUGCCGAAGCCUUUUUGGGUGGGAAGGUCACUGAUGCCGUUAUUACCGUCCCAGCCUACUUCAACGAUUCUCAAAGACAAGCCACCAAGGAUGCCGGUUUGAUUGCUGGUCUUAACGUCUUGCGUAUUAUUAACGAACCAACCGCUGCUGCCAUUGCUUAUGGUUUGGACAAGAAGGAUGACGGUAAAGGUGAACACAAUGUUUUGAUCUUUGACUUGGGUGGUGGUACUUUUGAUGUUUCUUUAUUGUCUAUUGACGAAGGUAUUUUCGAAGUUAAGGCCACUGCUGGUGACACUCACUUGGGUGGUGAAGAUUUCGAUAACCGAUUGGUCAACCACUUUAUGCAAGAAUUCAAGCGUAAAAACAAGAAGGAUAUGUCUUCCAACCAAAGAGCUUUGAGAAGAUUGAGAACUGCUUGUGAAAGAGCUAAGAGAGCUUUGUCAUCAUCUACCCAAACUUCAGUUGAAAUUGAUUCUUUGUUUGAAGGUAUUGACUUUUACACUUCCAUCACCAGAGCCAGAUUUGAAGAAUUAUGUGGUGACUUGUUCAGAUCCACUUUGGACCCAGUUGAAAAAGUUUUGAAGGACUCCAAGAUUGACAAGUCUCAAGUCCACGAAAUUGUCCUCGUUGGUGGUUCUACUAGAAUUCCAAAGGUUCAAAAAUUGGUUUCUGAUUACUUCAAUGGUAAAGAAUUGAACAGAUCUAUCAACCCAGAUGAAGCCGUUGCCUACGGUGCUGCUGUCCAAGCUGCUAUUUUGACUGGUGACACUUCUUCCAAGACUCAAGAUUUGUUAUUGUUGGAUGUCACCCCAUUAUCCCUUGGUAUUGAAACUGCUGGUGGUGUUAUGACCAAGUUGAUUCCAAGAAACUCCACUAUUCCAACCAAGAAGUCUGAAACCUUCUCUACUUAUGCUGACAACCAACCAGGUGUUUUAAUUCAAGUGUUUGAAGGUGAAAGAGCCAAGACCAAGGACAACAACUUGUUGGGUAAGUUUGAAUUAUCUGGUAUUCCACCUGCUCCAAGAGGGGUUCCACAAAUUGAAGUUACUUUUGACAUUGAUGCUAAUGGUAUUUUGAAUGUUUCUGCCCUUGAAAAGGGUACUGGUAAGACCAGCAAGAUCACCAUCACCAACGAUAAGGGUAGAUUGUCCAAAGAAGAUAUCGAAAGAAUGGUUUCCGAAGCUGAAAAGUUCAAGGAAGAAGAUGAAAAGGAAGCCGAACGUAUUGGUGCUAAGAACGGUUUGGAAUCAUAUGCUUAUUCUUUGAAGAACACUAUUGGUGAAGCCAAUUUCAAGGAAAAGGUUGAUGCUGCCGACUUGGAAACUUUGGAAAAGGCCAUUGACGAAGCAAUUUCUUGGUUAGAUUCCAACACUACUGCUACUACUGAAGAAUUCAAGGACAAGCAAAAGGAAUUGGAAGGUGUUUCUAAUCCAAUUAUGACCAAGUUCUAUCAAGCUGGUGGUGCUCCAGGUGCCGCUCCAGGCGGUGCUCCAGGUGGUUUCCCAGGUGCCGCUCCAGGUGGUGCUGCUGAAGCUGAAGGUGCCGCCGGUCCAACCGUUGAAGAAGUUGAUUAG